AUGUGUCCAGACAUACUGGAAUUGCUCCUUAAGUUCCGUCAAAAUCGAAUUGCGUUUACAGCUGACAUCGAACAAGCAUUCUUGCAGAUUUCCCUUGCUGAUGAAGACAGAAACGCAGUCAAGUUUCUAUGGAACGAUGGUGAAUUAAAUGGAACCAAAAUAAAGGCUCUUCGUAUGACAAGGGUAAUUUUUGGAGCAACAUCUAGUCCGUUUCUUCUCAGAGCAACUCUUAAUGUACAUGUUGACAAAUACAAGUUACAGUAUCCGAACGUAUUUUCCAUGCUAACUGAAAAUAUGUAUGUUGACGAUUUAAUCGCUGGAGCAGAUGAAGAAUCAGAAGCAUUCGAGGAAUCGGAACAUAUUAAACGCAUACUGAAAGAAGGUGGAUUUAACAUGCGGAAGUGGAAAACGAAUGAAACGAAUUUACAAUGGGUAUGGAACGAAGAAGAUUUUCACACGAUUCGACUUGUUCUAAAGUAUUGGGAUGCAUAUGGAAUAGGUCAAAUGAUACAUUUUUGA